UAUCUCUUUAGUCUGUUUGUUCUUUGUGCGAUUUUUGGUUUUCUCGGUUUUUUCUCUCUCCUGUGCAAGCACGUGUUCGUUCGUUGUUCCUCGAGCAAAUUAAUGUUUACUGCCGGGCUUCUCGCUCGCUCUCCUUCGUGGCUCGCUCUACAGGUUUACAGCUUGGAAUCUUUUUGGAAUUCUCGACACUUUUAGAUCUUUUCUCUCUUGCCUAAGAGAGACAAAGAGAUAUCGAAGCUACUUUUCGUCGAAUACUUCUAAUGGUGACCGGCUAAGCGAAGAAUUCUUUGACAGCUGAAUCACUUAGUGAAGAAUUUAUCAAUUGUUUCGUAUGAAAAAUUAGUAUCUACGUGGUUUGGGAAGGCCGUACGAAGAUUCACAUUGUCGAUACAUUUGUUCGUUACUUAUAAUUUUGAAAGCAUCGUGAUAUGUUCUUGCAUUUUGCAAUAUAAAUGAAGGUCGGUGAGAGCAUUAACGUCGAGAUGUUAAACGGAGAGUCACGGCUGCACUCGCAUAAUGCACGUUAAAUAAUUGCCAUUAAUAUUCCAGUAAAAACAGUUUUAUCUAAGCCAUCUUUUUGUCGAUUCUCAUUAUGAACGCGCUCACAGAUUAUCCAUUUACGCAGAACGAUAUUUGAAUGUCAAGAGCAAGUGGCACAGCAUAGAGUAUUUAUCGUCGCUCGCGCGCACGCAACGAUAACAUCCGUUUGGGAUAUAUAUACAAGUAUUUCCUUGACUCGCUUUCCCUGUAUGCGUUGUAAUCGCUUGAACGAAAUGGCCUGUGUAUAAUAAGCUGAAUUGACGAAGCAACCAACAAUAGGCUAUUCACGUUGUACAUAUUUCGGCAGUAAAAGGAAGUUUGCUCUUGGAGACGAAGUGGUGCGCAAUAAAUUAUCGCGAAGGACUUGAAAAAAUCAAGUACAUAUAGGUGGCUCGCACGUGUGCACGGAAUUGAGAGACAGAAAAAGAGUCGAAACGCGCAAGCGAGCGUACACGUGUGUGUGUUCGUAACAGCGCGAGUGGCGUGUUGGUGAUUCAGUGAGCUUUUUGCAUGUGCCAAGUGUUUUCCUCGCUGCACAAGUGUUCACUAACUCCAGAGAGUGUCGGAUAUUUCCAGCGGCAAUUUUCACUGGCCGGAUGUGCACUUAGAGGAGUCUUGGGGUGCGUUGGAGAGAACAGGAGAUUGAAUGGAUUCGUUGACGUUCAAGUGGAAACCGCCGACAUGUGGUUUAAUUAUGAUCGGCCUUCUAAUUGGUUUACUGGUACCGAGUGCCGCUUCCUCUUACAGCAUUGGCAUCGGCAUCUCCGACACCACUGGACCUGUCGCCGAAGUCGUUUUUAUGGGCUACGCGAAAAUGGACCAAAAAGGCUCUGGUCUUCAUUUGAGAACAUUCUCCCGAGCAUUUAUUAUUGACGAUGGUGAGCAGAGGUUCGUCUUCGUUACGGUUGACAGUGCAAUGGUUGGCCACGACGCGAAAGCUGCGGUACUGCGUAACCUUCAAUCAAAGUACGGCAAGUUGUAUACGGAGUCGAACGUGAUGAUCAGCAGCACGCAUACGCAUUCGAGUCCAGGCGGUUUCAUGAUGGACGUGCUUUUCGAUUUAUCGACCUAUGGUUUCGUCAAGGAGUCAUUUAGCGCUUUAGUCAACGGCAUUACCAAGAGUAUCGACAAAGCACACAACGCCAUUGUACCUGGACGUAUAUUCGUUACACGUGGACAAGUAUUGGAUGCCAAUAUCAAUCGCAGUCCAUUGGCCUAUGUGAACAACCCUCAAGAAGAGAGAGACAAAUACAAAUAUGACGUGGACAAAGACUUGGUGCAACUCCAAUUUGUCGCAGCGAACGGCCAGCCACUGGGUGUGAUCAACUGGUUUGCCGUACACCCGACAAGUAUGAACAAUACGAAUCACCUUGUUUCGAGCGACAAUGUUGGUUACGCGUCCAUGCUCUUCGAGAAAAAAAUCAACAAGAACGUCAUGGUGGGAAAGGGUGAAUUCGUCGCGGCCUUCGCCUCGACUAAUUUAGGAGACGUGUCGCCGAAUACCCGUGGUCCGAAGUGUGAGUUCUCGGGAAAACCGUGCUCAGCGCAAUACACGUGCCCCGGCCAAAAGGAAAUGUGCUUCGCUUCUGGGCCUGGCAAGGAUAUGUUCGAGAGUACCAGCAUUAUUGCCCACAAAAUUUUCGACGAAGCCUGGAAUCUAUGGUCGAGUGGAAUGGCAAGCGAGGUGAAAGGUCCAUUACGCGUCGUUCAUCGUUUCGUCGACAUGCCCAAGCAAAAGGCCAGUUUCUACAACCAGACAAGCGGGAAGGUCGAGGAGGUACACGGCUGUCUACCGGCAAUGGGUUACAGUUUCGCAGCUGGCACGACAGACGGUCCAGGCUCGUUCGCCUUCGAGCAAGGCACAACCACGUCCAAUCCGUUCUGGAACACCGUGCGCAAUUUCCUAGCUAAACCGACGGCCGAAGAUAUUCGUUGCCAUGGUGCGAAGCCAAUUCUACUAGCCACCGGUCGUAUGGUGCUACCAUAUCAGUGGCAACCAAAGAUUGUAUCAACGCAACUGGCACUAAUUGGUAAUGUGGUAUUGGCUGGGGUGCCGGGUGAGUUCACGACGAUGUCUGGCAGGCGACUACGCGAGUCUGUGAAAAAGGCUAUCACACGAGUAGAUUCAUCCCUUGAGAACAUUAACGUCAUCAUCGCUGGACUCUCCAAUACAUACAGCGAUUACGUUGCCACUCCCGAAGAGUAUCAGAUUCAGAGAUAUGAGGGAGCAUCAACGAUAUUCGGGCCGCACACAUUGACCAUCUACCUAGAGCAAUACGCCGAACUUGCAGAGGCACUCGUAAAGAGAACGACUGUUGACCCUGGACCAACUCCACCCGAUUUAUCAAAAGUAAAGUUAAUCAGUUUGGUGCCACCAGUUAUUUACGAUUCGCCUAAAUGGGGCAAAGAAUUUGGUGAUUGCGUCAAACAACCACCACGCACUGCUAGGCCUGGCGAUACUGUCAGUGUCCGAUUUAUUUCCGGACAUCCAAGAAACAAUUUUAUGACUGGAAAUACGUAUCUAACUGUCGAGAGAUUGGAGGAAGACGAAACUUGGACGCCAGUUGCUACAGAUGCUGAUUGGGAGACCAAGUUUAUUUGGGAAAGAACUUCAGUAAUACUCGGUUCUAGUCAUGUAAUAAUUAAGUGGGAAAUUCCCGAAAAUGUUAUACCAGGGGAGUAUCGUAUUCGACACAAUGGUUACUACCGUUACAUCCUUGGUGGAGUAUAUCCAUAUCAAGGAGUCACUGAUCAUUUUCAGGUAAAAACGCCUUACUUGAAUUACUGAUAAGUCUUUGCUAUAAUAAAUUCAACGACUAAAAGACUUGAGAUAUAUUCGAGAAUGAACAAACGAAAACCACUGAAUAGAAGUAAUGAAGAGGAAAAAAGUCUUGCCAGUGGAAUAAAAAAAGUUUAUGUGCUUUACUUUGAAAAAAGUUUCGCGGUAUUCACUUUAAAGAAAACAGACUACUCUUUAAAAAAAACAGACUACUCUUUACAAAAAAACUACUCUUUAUUCGUGUACUACAAAAUAGAUUCUUUUGAAAGUGAUUUCAAAAAAACUAAUUACUGACCACUAUCGAGACGUUGAAAAGAAAUUUAACUACGUAGAAUCGACUUUUAAAUUUAAUUAUGUGUUUUGAAGACUUUUAUUGAAAUAAGUUCUAAAAGACUUUUCAUCGUUAAAUUCAUUCCAGAUUUCAUUAACUUUCAUAUAGAGUUAAACGUAGAUUGCACUGUUUUGUAAAUAAAUUUGAUUGAUGUUUAAUUUUUAUAUCAUUUAUUCUUAUAUAUGCGGAAAGAUUUGACUACUGCCAAAAUAUUUAUGUAAAUCCCCUUUUUUUUAUAACCAUAACAGUUAUAAGAUAAAUUUUACAAGAAUCCAAUGUUUGUAUGUGAGAUCCAAUCUUUUAUAGAUUAAAAUAGUCAAUAAUAUGAUAAAAUUACAUAGCGUUUUCCCAGGGUAAGUUUAUAAUAAUUUCUACUUCAUAUGAAAAAUAAUAGUUACAUAUUACGAAGAUAAAAAAAGUAUCUGACAAUCCGAAUUAUAAUUAUAGAUUAUGUAUGAAUGAUAAUUAAUUGUCGUCAUAAUUUUUUAACGCAAACGGUAGUGGAAAUUUAAACUACAUAAGAUAUAAGAUGUCAUUAUGAGUUAAAAAUAUUGAUUAUAAUAAACUAUAUUUAUAUAGAAAAAUGAGUGUUACUUUGUCAUGAUUGUUCAAAAAAUAUUAUAAUUUUGAAAGUUAUUACUUUAAAUCAUGAGUUUAUCGAAAAAUAUGUACUAGAUUUAUAGUAAUUUUUUUAUACUUUUAAUUUUUUGCACAAACGUCUUUCAAAGCGUUAUAAAUACUCAGAAAAUGUAAGUCGCAAUUAUUUUUGUUGAGAAAGUUGAAUAUUUAAUUGUUCUCGUCAUUUAUUCGCACGAUUUCACUUGUCAUUACAAAGUAAUCGUAUAUGCUGAGAACUACCGGUAUUGCAAGGUUUGUUCAAAUAAGAGAAUUCUAAUGAACUGCAGAAUUGAAAAUUUAAUUAAACCAAAAAAGCUUUAAAAUAAUUUUCAAAGCAUAUAAUAACAAAUUUAAAAAAUGUAUUUAUUCAAACUUUUUAGGAUAAAUAAAAUUUUGGAUCAUUCAAACAUAAUACUACAAACCAUUUUUUGAAUCGUGUAAAUUCUUCGACAAUAUAUCAUUCAUAAAUAAAUUCGCUAGAUAUUUCAAAUGUAAAAACUUGAUUGCUGAGUCACAAAUUAAAACCUGUCUUUUUAAUUGCAUCCAGAAUAGAGCACGUAUCAUCAGUUAAAAAUUCAAUCAUAUCUCACAAAUUGUUUUAUUUUUUCCAAAGAUUAAAUCGACAUCUUCGUAAUAACAACAGCACAUUUAUACAUAUUAAUAAAUAUACUGG